AUGGGUGAUGCACGUCUAUACACGUUUGCUUUUGUGGUGGGAGUGGCGUGGUUGGUGGUGAAGCUCAUGCGCAUCGGUCGAAGGGACAGAGCGCUGCCACCUGGCCCACCGACAAUCCCUCUCUUAGGAAACCUCCACGUGCUUCCACGCAAAUUCGUGUUUCUGAAGUUCUCGGAAUGGAAGAAGGAGUAUGGUGGUAUAUAUUCGCUCAAACUGGCAAACGCGACGGCUAUUGUGCUCUCCGAUAUGAGAAUAGUCAAAGAGCUUCUGGAUGAUCGCAGUAGCGAGACGUCAUCACGUCCGUACUUCUAUGCUUUGGAGGUUCUUGCGAAAGGAUUCUUCUUCGUGUUGGCAACUUCAGAUAAUCCCGUUUGGAGGGCAAGUCGCAAGUCUAUUCAGCCGUUUUUCUCGGUACAGGCGACGGAUGCACACGUCCGCAUCAUGGAACGGGAAUCAUCCGUCCUGCUGCAUGAUGUACUUCACAAUCCCAAUGAUCUAACCUCUCACAUCAUUCGUUACACCUUCUCAUCCAUCACAGAUCUCGCUUUCGGAAAGCGUGUUUUAAAACCCGACUCUCCCGAAAUUCUGAACUUUCGCUCAUACAUCCGAACAUUCGCCAAGGCUGUCUCUCCAGAGGCGGCGCCGGUGGACUUGAUACCUAUACUCAGAUAUGUCCCUGACUUCCUGGCUCCGUGGAUGAAACUAUGGUGCGAGACUCAGACGCAGCAGCGCUCGUUGUACUUUUCUUUUCUUGACCAUGCUGAGCGUACGACGGGGGGAGGUAAGGAGAAGAGUAUCAUUCAGACGACGCUGGAGCAGCGUCGUGAGCUUGGGUUAACUCGGGAGAUGGUGGCGUACACUGGAGGCGCUCUUCUUGAUGCGGGAACGGAAACGAUAGCUACUACGACGAGAUCUCUGCUUCUUUGCCUUAUGAGUAGGCCUGCGUGCCUGAAAAAGGCACAGGAAGAGAUCGAUGAUCUUAUUGGAGACAAACGACUUCCCCUUGCCAGUGACAUCGACGCCUUGCCGUACAUUCAAGCCCUAAUAAAAGAGAGGUUGUGUCCUGGUAUACACUUUGCGGGCACAAGCUUGAAUGUUGCGGUUAUGCGUCUUAUAUGGGCGUUCGAUUUCUCCCUUGGUGAUGAUUUCAGUGGAGCUGACCGCCCAUGGAUGCUAGAGGAUGAUUAUGAGGAUGACAUGAAGGGUAUUGCCCUGGCGCCUAAGGAGUACUUCUGCAAGGUCACUCCACGCAGCGCGGAAAGGGCCAAGGUCAUCGAGGACUGCUAUAACCUAUACAACAACUCCGACGUGUAG